AUGGCCUGUGCACACGCAAAAAUAAAAACUGUGAUACAAAUAAAAAUAGUGCUCCUAUUAACCGGCCUUACUUUAUCAGACCCCCAAUUAGAUUUACCACCGAUAUCUAGCACGCAGAGGUACAAUAAUGGUUUCGGUAGCCUAUCGAGUACUCAACCCUCGAUAAAUUCACCGGGGAACCAGUUCGUGCAGAAUCAGAAUUUCGGCUUCAGCACAGUAAGAACGCCUAGUUCCACCGCUGGUGUGUUCCAAGCUUCAACCACCCCUUUCAAUAGGAUCAGUCCAGAUAUAAGCAAUAAUGGAUACCCUAGUUUGGACUACGGUAAUAGAAGAAAUCCUAGCUCUACGUUAAGGCCGUUCGAUGAAACUAAUAGAGAUGACAGGAUCGAUAUAAACAAUGAUCCUAAUUUUAGAAGAAACGACCCUAAUUUCGUUAGGAAUGAUCCUAAUUACGUAGGCACUAAUCCUUACGACUUCAAUAGAGGUGUUACGUCUAAUACCAUAGAUGAUAUAAACUAUAGAGCUACCUUGCAACAGAUAAGAGACUUUUUGGUUAAAGCUGAUGAUCAAGCUUCUAAAGAGUGCACAAAUAAUGUGGCGGCGCAGUGGAACUUUGAAACAAACGUGAAUGAUGCAACCCAGCACGCAGCAUUGGAUGCCCAACAACGAUAUACACUAUUUCAACGUGGCCUAUGGGAAGCAGCGCAACAGGUUAACAGGGGCUUCGUUCGGGACGAGCAAACUUUCCGUCAGCUCCAGAUGCUCUCCAUCAUUGGUCCCGCUGCAUUGCCACCUGACCAGCUCGAUAGAUAUAACCGGCUCAUUAAUGAUAUGCUCGCUGUGUACAACACUGCUGAAAUUUGCGCUUACAACGAGCCCUUCAAGUGUGGUCUCCACCUCCAGCCCGAGUUACAGUUCAUCAUGUCCCAUUCCCGGGACUGGGACGAGCUCCAACACGUGUGGACCGAAUGGAGGAGGAAUACCGGCAAGAGGAUAAGGGACCUGUAUGAACAGCUAGUGGACUUGACCAACCAAGCAGCAAGAUUAAACAAUUUCACUGAUGCUUCUGCAUACUGGAUGUUCCCAUAUGGCACAUUGAAUUUAAGGCAAGACAUUGAUGAAGUUUGGGAACAGGUUAAACCUUUAUAUGAGUUACUUCACGCUUACGUCCGCCGUCGCCUCAGGGAAUCUUACGGUCCUGAGCGGAUCUCCCGGUCAGCUCCUAUCCCUGCACAUAUUCUCGGAGACAUGUGGGGACAGAGUUGGGCGGGCAUAGUGCCCGUCACGUUGCCAUACCCUGGCAAGACCCUGGUUGACGUCACACCAGAAAUGGUCCAACAGGGUUUCACACCUCUUACGAUUUUCCAAUUGGCCGAGGAGUUUUUCGUAUCGAUGAACAUGUCAGCCAUGCCGCCAGACUUCUGGGCGCUGAGCGUACUGGACCAGCCUGCGGACAGACACAUCCACUGCCAGCCGUCAGCCUGGGACUUUUGUAAUAAGCACGAUUAUCGAAUAAAGAUGUGCACUCACGUGGACAUGAAAGAUCUGGUGACUGCCCACCACGAGAUGGCUCACAUUGAAUACUUUCUAGCAUACAGAAAUCAGCCUAAAGUGUUCCGCGAUGGAGCCAACCCUGGUUUUCAUGAAGCCAUAGGGGAAGCCGUGGCUCUCUCCGUGGCAUCCCCCCGCCACCUCCAGACCCUCGGUCUAGUCCAACGCUCCGUGGACGACACAGCUCAUGAUAUUAAUUACCUGUUCACACAAGCUAUGGACAAACUGGCCUUCUUACCAUUCGCCCUGGUGAUGGAUAAAUGGAGGUGGGAUGUGUUUACGGGAGAUAUAAGGAAGGAGCAGUACAAUUGCCAUUGGUGGAGACUAAGGGAGCAGUACCAAGGCAUCAAACCACCCGUGCUUCGUUCAGAGCUGGACUUCGAUCCAGGUUCCAAGUACCACAUACCGGCCAAUAUACCAUACAUAAGAUACUUCGUGAGCACCAUCCUGCAGUUCCAGAUAUAUCGCGCUCUGUGCGAGAAGACUGGUCAGUACAUCCCCGGCGACCCAUCCCGGCCGCUACACAAAUGUGAUUUCUACCGCAACCCUGAAGCCGGGAAAAUACUUACGCGGAUUAUGGAGCGUGGUUCUUCCGCUCCCUGGUCAAAAAUCCUACAAGAGACCAUCGGUGAAUGGCGGCUGAACGGUGAAGCACUCCGGGACUACUUCAGACCUCUGGAAAACUGGCUGCAGAGUGAAAACUUGAGGACUGGCGAGUACCUUGGCUGGAGUUACGACGGUGACUAUUGCAAGUUCAGUAUCGAAACGGCUGGUCUACAAGUGUACGGAGGGUUCUACAAUGCUGCUCAUCGUAGCUUUGACCUCACCACAUUCAUCACCCUCUUCCUGGCGUCUUUCUUCAUCACAAUCGUUAUACGUCGUUGGUGA